AUGGCGGCCGUCUACGGCAAGCAGAAGACGCAAUACAAGGAAAGAGCGAAGAAAGAUACAAGGAAAGAGCGAAGAAAGAUACAAGGAAAGAGCGAAGAAAGAUACAAGGAAAGAGCGAAGAAAGAUACAAGGAAAGAGCCAAGUCUACGCAACCAGUCGUUGUUUUACUUCCGAGGAAGCAACUAUACUAGACGCAUCGUCGAGUACGGCGUGAUAUAUAAAACUUUCGCAAUGGGCGAACCAGAAAAGGAGACCUGCAUGCGAAAGAUCACGAAGACUAUAGUCAAUGGACUGGAGAGCUUCUUUUACAAGACGGGCAAGCUAGUCGGUGGCAACCCGUGGAUCUCGAUAUGGAUCGCUCUGAUCUUUACGAUCCUCUGCGGCCUGGGCCUGCUGCGCUUCUACCAGGAGACGGACAUGGAGGAUCUGUGGGUGCCGCCCAACGACAUCCUGGUGGCGGACACGAAGUACCAAAAGGAGCACUAUCCGUCACGCUUCCGUACCGAGCUGAUGAUACUCACUGCCGAAAACGUGCUGACGCCACAGGUUAUAAACGCGUUACUCGACAUAGAUUUAGAAGUGAAGAGUCUGAAUGCAUCGGGCAUCACCUGGGAAGACAAGUGCGUCAAGGUGGCGAGAAGUGUCUCUCUAACGGCUGCUGGAGAUGUGGGGUUUCAACGAGCGCAUCAUACGCAACUGACACAGGAUGAAAUCUUAGAGACGGUCAAUACCAUCACGUACAGCGACGAUGGCUUUGUGAUGCUGGAGGACAAUAGCGUCGUUAAUACUGGACUCGUCGGACUGGGAAAGGUGGACGAGGAGGCAGAAUUGUGGGAGGACGAGUGGAUGAAGAUAGCCACUCGCGGUCACGCCGACAUAGACAGGAUAUAUUACUUGGCCGGGAAAAGUAUCGAUGAGCUGGGAGCUAGCUCUAUCGUCGAUGAUGUAACGAUGCUAGUCUUCGGCUACGUGCUAGUUCUGCUCUUCGUCAGCUUCGUGCUCGGUCGAUUCAACCUCGUCGAACACAGGGUGUGGCUAGCUAUACUGGGUCUCAUCUGUGUCGGCAUGUCAUUAAUAGCUGGGUUCGGACUGUCGUCUUUGUGUGGACUGCUGUACGGUCCCAUACACAUGGUGCUGCCCUUCCUCCUUCUCGGCAAACGCGGUGCCAAGGGUGGCUACCGCGUGACGUCGCGGGGUCAAGGGUGGUCGCGGCAUGACGUCACGGGUCAAGGGUCGUUCAUCGCGUCCACGCCGCUGCUGCUGCAGCUGAUGAUGACGUCACACUUACUCGACAUAGAUUUAGAAGUGAAGAGUCUGAAUGCAUCGGGCAUCACCUGGGAAGACAAGUGCGUAAAGGUGGGCGAGAAGUGUCUCUCUAACGGGCUGCUGGAGAUGUGGGGUUUCAACGAGCGCAUCAUACGCAACCUGACACAGGAUGAAAUCUUAGAGACGGUCAAUACCAUCACGUACAGUCCCGUCUAUUACAUUCCCUACAAUCCUGAGCAGUAUCUGUCGGAGAUCAAGCGAAACGAGGAUGAUGAAAUCGUCGGUGCGGCAGCGACGAUGGCUUUGUGGAUGCUGGAGGACAAUAGCGUCGUUAAUACUGGACUCGUCGGACUGGGAAAGGCGAUUCCCGCGCUCACGUCAUUCUGUCUGUACGCGACCUUCUGCAUGGUGUGCGUCUUCUUCCUCACCUGCACGCUCUUCGUCGCCUGCGUGGCGUUAGAUCAGAGACGAGCCGACAAGCACUACGACGCCUGCAUCUGCUGCUACAGGCACAAGGACUACGAACCAUCGGAUUGCAGCCAGAUAGACCGAAUGCAGAUGUUCUUCGAGAAGCUGAUCGUGCCCGCGCUCAGAAUGACCCCCGUCAAGGUCGGUAUCGUUCUCGUCGUUGUCGGCCUGCUGGCGAUGAACACGUACGGCGUCGUUAACCUCGAACAAGAGAACGACCUGCUCAUCUACAUUCCGUCGGACACGUACGCCUACGACUUCAUGCUGGCGCUGCGCAAGUACUUCCCCAGUACUGGAUUGACGGCCGCAGCUUACUUCGCGGACGACGACUUUUACCUGAAACGGAACGUCAUACUGAACAUGACGACGAGCCUGCAGAAUAACGAGUGGGUGUUGGCGUCGACCGUCGACAGCUGGAUCGACAACUUCAAAAACUGGCUCGAACCGCAGGGCAAGCUACUUUGCGGAGCAACGCUAGGAAGCGAUGGCUUUCCUAAUAAUGAAACGGACUUUUACGCAUGCGCGUACUACUUCGUGACGGAGAGGCGGGCUAGGUACGUCGAUCACGUCAAAUUCAACAAUGAAACACAACCUCCAACUAUCGUUAUUAUCGAACGUGUGUUAAUUACGAACAUGCUUCUCGCCAUGGCUGCGGUAUUCGUUAUGACACUGCUCCUGCUCUCAGACCUGCUCACAAGCAUUCUAAUCGAUUUGGCUGGAACAGCGUACUUCUGGGGCCUGAAGAUUGAGAUCGGACUCACACUCAACUUCAUCCUAUGCACGGGUCUGGCCGUCGACUAUCCCGUGCACAUGGGCCACGAGUUCAUGUUGCAUUCGGGCAGCAGACAGACUCGUGCUGACAUGUCGUUGAAGCACAUGGGGGCGGGUUUCUGCGGUGGUUUCAGCACAUUCCUCGCCUUCAUUCUUCUCUCGACGUCGACUUCGAUCUCCUUCCAACAGUUCUUCAAGACCUUCUUCUGCGUUGUGCUGUAUGGUCUCUUCCACGCGCUGUUCUUCCUGCCCGUCAUUCUCAGCUGGAUCGGACCGGCCCCUUACCCGCGCGACACCGACGACAAACUGUCGCAGGAACUCGUGCGUGUCACCGACUCGGUAGGCUCCGACAACCCCGCCUUCGCAAACUCCGACUCUUUCUAUCCUGCACGCACUACCGACGAGAAACCCGGCUGGGAUAGCGGGAAGAAGCACGGUUUCGGUGAUGAUGGUGACGGCAAGAAAGACGCGCGUCUCUCUAACGGCACCCCGCACGCUAACCCACCUACGGCGCCUAACUCUCCCGCCGACGUCAGAGGGCGCUCCUGUCCCACCUGUCAGUCGCCGGCGAGCGAGGGCGCCUUCAAUUGCAAAUGCUCGCCGAAGAACGUGUUCUUUACGUUCGACAGCGUCGGCGAGGUUCCCAUCACGCUCAGCCCUGCCGAUGACGACGUCGACUUUAAGGGUCGCCUGACGAUCGACGACGAAAGUCUUUCGACGCGGUUGUAGUUGCUAUGGUUACUAACCCACUACGCUUGGUGUCUAUUUUUUCUAUCUUGUUAUGAUGAACUUGCCUGCUAUAGAUAAUCAGUGGUUCUCAACCUGGGUGCGGGGGGAGGUGCAUAACAUGUUGGCUGGUUUCAGUUACAAAUCAAAUGAGCGUUUCUCCCGAUUUUAUACUCUGCAUAUUUUGUCGCUACAUGCGUCAUUUAACUGUACAGGUGGCUGUACUCUACGAAAUGGCACUAAUUGUAAGUAUUGUAGUAUAACUAAUUAGCAAUAAGAGCUGCAUUAGGAACAACAGAAGCGAGAAAUAUGCGGAAGAACCGAAAAAUGACGGCCUCCAAACAAAAGGGUUGAGAACCACUGCGUAUAUCUGACGAAAAAGAAAUGAAUGCAUGCUCGUUUUCGUCACGUAUGUUCGUUCAGCUAUAUAUGCACAAUGUAACCUUAGUCGCUUACCUCUGAUAAUACAGAAGCAUGAUUUCCACUGUAGUCUCUGUAGAACUGUCUAUACUGCACUUCGCACCGCAAAUGAAGUGGUAUUGGUUUCGCGUUCGAUUGUAGUGCACAGUUUUUAUCAGUAUUCUGCAUGCCUUCGCAGUUCACACUCACUACUGCUAGGACGACAGUGUACGCGCGUGAUAAUUAUUGAUAAAAGUCCAUAAUUCAAGCAGUCAUUAUUUAUAUAGAAAGGAAUUACGUAUGUACAUAAAACUAUGCGUUGUUAUCAAAUAUUCAUCUCGUACGUAAGUUACAUCUUCAUUUUUUGCGACAAACUUUAUGAUUCAA